CCCGCGCAGAGCACGGACGAGUCACCCGCCAACUUCGGCUCCCUAACCAACAAGCCCGACGAAGCCGUCAUCAUCAACUCGUGCUCAUACCCCAUCUAUCUGUCGUCGGUGAACUCGAAUCCGGCGAACCCCACGAACUGCGACGGCGACGGCGUCAACGGGCACGAAAUCCCCCCCGGGGCGACAUACAGCGAGCGCAUCCGCGAAUGCGCAGAGGGCGGCGUAUCGCUCAAGAUCGCCAAGCAGAGCAGCGGCGCCAAACCAAUGCAGAUCGAAUACACCAAGAGCAGUGAGCUGUACUACAAUCUCAGCUUUCUGGACUGCAUGGUCCCCGGGACGACGGACUUGAGCGCGUGCGCCGGGCACGAGGAAGGCGUGCAGAUUGCCAGUGCGAAGGGAUGCCCUGUGUGGGCCUGUCAACCCGGUGAGUACUGCGAUACAAAGGGUUAUACGGUGCCGGAGUAUGGGAAUCAGAAUGUGGCUACGCCGAUUGGCGGGUGUGGAGCGGGUGAAGGGCUCGUUCUGGAGCUUUGCGCUGCCAAGGGGGCUUGA